AUGGAGAAGGCUGGUGGUGUGCUAAGGCUUUUAAGAGAAUUACUUGUUCUCAAGCCAACAAGAUAUGGGUCAUUGGAUAAAGGUCAGGUCACUUACAGUAGAAGGUUUACAUGGCGGUCCUAUCAGACAUUUUGUAGAAGUCUUGUCUACAGAAGACAUGGUCCUUGGAAGGAAGUGUUACAAUUGGAGAAUGCCCCCCUACCUCCUGUUGGGGAUGAAGAUAUCCAUAUCAGGAUGCUGGCUGCUCCAGUUAAUCCUGCAGAUAUCAACAUGAUGCAAGGGAUUUAUGGAAUUCAACCUCACUUACCAGCAAUAGGCGGCAAUGAAGGAGUUGGGGAAGUUAUACAAGUUGGUUGUCAAGUUAACAGAAUCAAACCAGGAGAUUGGGUUAUACCAAUAGAUUGUGGCUUUGGCACAUGGAGAACUGAAGCAGUUUGCCAGUCCAGUGAAGUAAUUCCUAUAAGCAAAGACAUCUCUAUUCUCAGUGCGGCAACACUCGGUGUUAACCCUUGCACUGCAUAUCGUAUGCUCACAGACUUUGAGACUCUGAAGGCUGGAGACACUGUAAUUCAAAAUGGUGCCAACAGUGCUGUAGGACAAGCUGUUAUUCAGAUUUGCGCAGCGAUGGGGGUGAAUACUAUUAAUGUAAUCCGAGACAGACCUAAUGUGGCCGAAUUAAAGGAGAAACUAUUGGCCCUUGGAGCCAGCUAUGUUAUAACUGAGGAUAUGCUGGAAAAACCAGAAAUGGAAAAUCUGUUUAAGGUAGUCGAGAGGCCCAAACUUGCCUUCAACUGUAUAGGAGGAAACUGUGCUGGAAAUCUCUUCUGCCACCUCAAGGAUGGGAGCACCAUGGUAACAUAUGGGGGAAUGUCAAGAAAACCAACUCCUUUACCUGCUAAAGCAUUAAUAUUUAAGAACAUAAAAGUAUGUGGCUUCUGGAUGACGCAAUGGAAAAGAAACCACAUGUGUGAUCUAACAAAACUAAACAUGAUGCUGUCCGAAUUAUCAGAGAUGGCAAGAAGAGGACAGCUGCUGGAACCCAUAUGCACAGAAGUACCAUUCCAUGACUAUCAAAAAGCACUACAAGCCUGCAUGGAUCCCUAUAGUGUCAAACAUGUAAUGAUCAUGAAGUAAUACAGAUGUGUCUUUAAUAUAUAUUUAUGCACAAAGUGUUAAAGGCAUCUCUUACCCAUUGCUCCAGUGCUGACAUGACAUCGAAUGGAUUGAGAAUCAUCUGAUAAAAACAUUUAGGUCUAUUUAUCUUGAAGUUUGAAAGACACAAUGUUACUUAUCAGAAUUCUUCACAUGAAACUACAGUGUUGAUGCUUGCUUCUUAUGCAAAUAUAUAUAUUUUCAAAAAUCUAAAAAAAGUAUUUAAUAAAUUAAAUUUCAUUGUUGAUUUGGGUAAAGAAGACCAAAACUUGAGCACCAAUAUAGUUGGAAACCUGCAUUAUUAUAAUUUUUUUUAAACUUUAAUUCCUCUGUAUUAAAACCAAUUAUUACAAUGCAGUUUUUACUUGCACAUUUUAUGUUGUGGCCUUUUGCUAAAAUAAAAUAUAAACACAGUGUCAAGGUUUUCCCCAUCAACCUGCACCCAAUACAUCAAAAAGUUUAAAUCUUUCUUGCUCUUGCCCUUUAGGUGUUCUCUUGCAAACACCAGGCAGGCUUUCAUGUGUUAAACUAAAAAGAAGCUUUGUUCUGGUUACUGUGCCAUGAAGCACAGAUUGGUAGGGUGCUGCACUGAUGGUUGACCCUUUGGAAAUUUCUCCCAUCUACAGACAUGAUUUUUGGAGCUCAGCCACAGUUACCAUUUUUUUCUUACUCAUCUCCCUUACCAAGGCCCUUCUCCCCUGUUUACUUAGAUUGGUAGGGCGACCAGCUCCAAAAAAGUCUUCAUUGUUUCAAACUUCUUCCAUUUAUGAAUUAUGGAGGCCACUGUGCUCGGAGACUUUUAGUGCAGCAGACAUAUUUUCUCACCCCUCUCCAGGUCUGUACCGCCGCACAAUCAUGUUUCUGAACUCUAUAGGUAGUUCUUUCCUGCUCAUGGACUCCUAUCAAGGUGUAGAAACAUCUGAAAGAUGAUCAAGAGAAGUGGGAGGCCACAGAGCUAAAUUUAAAGUAUACAUGGCAGGAGUAUAUAGCAAGGAUAGCAUGCAGAAUAAUGGGGGAAACUAUAUUUUUAAUACUUAUUUCAGCAGAAGGCCGCAACAUAACAAAAAUG